CCUGAGAUAGUCACCAUGGGGGAAAACGACCCGCCCGCGGCGGAGGCCCCCUUCUCCUUCAGAUCACUUUUCGGACUUGAGGAUUUGAAAAUAAGUCCUGUUGUACCAGACGCAGAUGCGGUCGCGGCGCAGAUCCUGUCCCUGCUGCCACUGCGUUUCUUCCCCAUCAUUGUCAUUGGGAUCAUUGCCCUGAUACUGGCACUGGCCAUCGGGCUGGGCAUCCACUUCGACUGUUCCGGAAAGUACAGGUGUCGCUCGUCCUUUAAGUGCAUUGACCUGACAGCUCGAUGCGACGGGGUCUCCGACUGCAGAGACGGGGAGGACGAGUACCGGUGCGUCCGCGUGAGCGGCCAGAACGCCGUGCUCCAGGUUUUCACAGCUGCUGCCUGGAGGACCGUCUGCUCUGACGACUGGAGAGGUCACCACGCUAACGUCGCCUGUGCCCAGCUGGGCUUUCCAAGCUAUGUGAGUUCGGACACCCUCAGCGUGGGCUUGCUCGAGGAGCGGCUCCGGGAGGACUUUGCGUCCGUCAAUCAUCUCCUGCCCGACGACAAGGUGACAGCUCUGCACCAUUCCGUGUACGCGAGGGAGGGCUGCGCCUCGGGCCGUGUGGUUACCUUGCAGUGCACGGUCUGUGGUCUGAGAAUGGGCUACAGCUCGCGCAUCGUGGGUGGAAACGUGUCCUCGCUCAUGCAGUGGCCGUGGCAGGCCAGCCUUCAGUUCCAGGGCUAUCACCUGUGCGGGGGCUCCGUCAUCACCCCCGUGUGGAUUGUCACCGCCGCGCACUGCGUCUAUGACCUGUAUCUCCCCAAGUCCUGGACGAUCCAGGUGGGGCUGGUGUCCCUGCUGGACAGUCCCGCACCUUCCCAUCUGGUGGAGAAAAUCAUCUACCACAGCAAGUACAAACCCAAGAGGCUGGGAAACGACAUCGCGCUCAUGAAGCUGGCCGGGCCGCUCACCUUCAGCGACAUGAUCCAGCCGGUCUGCCUGCCCAACUCCGAAGAAAACUUUCCUGACGGAAAAAUGUGCUGGACGUCAGGAUGGGGGGCCACAGAGGAUGGAGGGGACGGCUCCCCUGUCCUCAACCACGCAGCCGUGCCUUUGCUCUCCAACAAGAUCUGCAACCACAGAGACGUGUAUGGUGGCAUCAUCUCGCCCUCCAUGCUCUGUGCCGGCUACUUGAAGGGUGGCGUGGACAGCUGUCAGGGCGACAGCGGGGGGCCACUGGUGUGUCAGGAGCGGAGGGUGUGGAAGCUGGUGGGAGCGACGAGCUUCGGCAUCGGCUGUGCCGACGUGAACAAGCCCGGGGUCUACACGCGCAUCACCUCCUUCCUGGACUGGAUUCACGAGCAGAUGGAGAGGGACCUGAAAACCUGAACAGGAGGGGACAGGAUGCCACCUUGACUUCCUGCCUGACGGAGAUGCUCCACCCUUCCAUGGGUCCCUGGGUGGAAACUCCCAACGGGAGGAGGGAGCCUUCGGUGCUCUUCUUUUUGGCCGCACCCGCAGAGCCAAAAGAAGGAGCACCUUUCUGUCCCUCCACGUCUGGAACCACCUGCUUCCAGCUCCUCCACAAGCUGCUAGGGGCCUCAGCUAACGUGACCUUUGUGCUCUGUGACCUUCGCUGAGAACAGAAGCGGGAACGCCUCCGUGGUGUGACCUUGUCCCCCUCGUCCAUUCAGUUUUCUCAGCCCCCGGGCACAGGCGAAUCCCACACAAACAACGCGGGAACUCAGUAAGGACACGCGCCCAGAGC